AUGCAUCACCAUCAGAAUCUCGGAGACGCGGCCGCCAUGAAUGGAAUGAUCCCGCCAUACGAAGCCAUGGCCAUGUACGAGCAGCCCAAGCCCAGAUUCAUCUUCAAGAUGCCCCGUGUGGUGCCUGACCAGAGAUCCAAGUUUGAAAGCGACGAGCUCUUCCGCCGGCUCAGCAGAGAGAGUGAAGUUCGCUACACAGGAUACCGGGAACGUGCGAUGGAGGAGCGCAGGAUGCGGUUUGUCAACGACUGUCGCAAGGGCUAUGCGGAGAUAUCGAUGGUGGCUUCGGGCACCAAUCUGCAGCUCUACUUCAACGCCAACCACAAUCCGUAUGCACAGGAACCGGAGUGCGACUUUGAGAGGGAGCGGGGCAAAGUCCAUUUGCGUUCCGGCUUCAUCAUGAACGGGGUGUGCGUCCGAUUCCGGGGCUGGGUGGAUCUGGACCGACUGGAUGGCGCUGCCUGUCUGGAGUUCGACGAGCAACGAGCCCAGCAGGAGGAUGCCCAGCUGCAGGAGCAGAUCCAAAGCUACAACCAACGCAUGGCCGAGUCCAGGAGAAUCUAUCAAACGCCCCAGACUCCACCCGAGGAUCACCAUCAUAGGGGUGGGCCUGGUCUCCCUAGGGGACCAAUGGGUGGUUGGUAG